AUGAGGCGCUACAGUCUUGUAGAUGCCGCAAAAUUUUUUGACCUCUCUGUCGACUCAAUCAAAGUGAGCGUGGAACAUCUUCAAUGUGCGGCGUCGAUGAACCGGAACCCCGCCGGCGUCGACGAGCCUUGGGCUAAUAGGCCGAUCUUGAUUGAAGAAGAUCGUAUUAAAGCAGAAUCUGAGCGUGCUAAGGCACCUGUAGACUUGACAACCUUGCAGCUUCACAACUUGAUGUACGAGAAAAAUCACUAUGUCAAAGCAAUAAAGGCAUGCAAGGAUUUUAAGACGAAUCGUAGGGGUGAUGGGAUUCGACAACUUUUCGAUCUCCCUUUAGCCAUCAAACUACUUAACAAUUCACAUAAACCUUUACAUGGCUAUAUUGGCCAAAACAAUUUUAGUCCACACAUGGAAAGUAUGGGCAUCGAUGGCGCCCUCUCAUCUCACGUAGUCGACACCUUCGCCAACCUGAUGUGGCCUGAUCAAGGCAAUCCCACUUUCAGCAAAGAUAUACAGUUAUACUGUGAGAAACUGUCUGAACUGGACAAGAUUGUGAGGCGGAUGGUGGUGGAGAGUCUUGGACUGGAAAAAUACAUAGACGAACACCUCAACUCCACGAAUUACCUCUGUCGUUUCCAGAAGUACGAGGCGCCUCGAACGCCUCACUCAACGCUCGGAUUUUUUCCCCAUGCAGACAAGAACAUUAUCUCCAUAUUGCAUCAGCUCAAUCAUGUUAACGGUUUGCAGAUUCUUACCAAAGAUGGCAAAACUUGGAUCCCUGCAGAUCCUACAUCACUCGAUUCAAUCGUUGUCAUGGUCGCGACCUCUUUCCAUGCAUGGACAAACGGGCGACUGCAUGCUCCAAUCCACAGGGUGGUGGUGAGCGGGGAUGAAGCUCGAUACACUAUCGGAUUGUUUUCGGUUCCGAAAGAAGGGUGCGUGAUUAAGACUCCGGAAGAGUUGGUGAAUAAAGAUCAUCCUUUGCUCUACAAGCCUUUUGAUUACUACAAGUUCAUUGAUUUUAUCUACACAGAUGCUGGUAGGUUUUCGCCGGAUCCUCUCAAGGAAUAUUGUGGAGCCUAAAUUCCAUGAUUAUCGGCUUAUAUGUAUGCUUGUUUGGGUGUUUGAUUUCUUGUUAGUUUACUGCUAAAAUAAUUGAAACUUCUUAUGCUUCAAAUAUAUGUGAUAAAUAA